AUGGGGGGGCUUUACUUUGACCUUAUAGCAUUGAAGAUUGCCAUUUCUGUCAUCGGUGUUACGGGAAACAUGGUACUGAUUAUGUCCAUUUUUAAAUCAGAACAUGUAAAAACAUUUGAAAUCCUUCUUCUCGCGCUGGCGGCAGCAAAUCUGGAGGAGAUCGUGAUUGGGAACGUCUAUGAUGUCUUGCGACUGUCAGACAGGAUCGGUGUUUGGAGCUGUAGGACGCUCAAGUUUCUCACCAUGUUCGGAACGACCGGCAGCAUCCUCUUCACGGUGCUCAUCAGCAUUUACCGCUAUCAAAAGCUGCGAGACGUCCACACGCAUGUCAGCCUGCACAUCUUCAUGGACAACAUACAAAAUGCGGUUGGCAUGACUGCAUUCUGUGCCACGUUGGCCACCAUCUUAAGUGUGCCCACACUUUUUAUAAGCCUGAACAGGGACGACGCUAAUUCUACUUCUCUCGGUUGUCCUGCGGAUUUCUUCCAGUGUACGCAGUUAAAGUGUCCGACUCAGAACCGCAUUUACAAGUACUCCUUCCUUCUGGUGUGUAACUUGUUGCCUCUGCUUAUCGUCACGCUAACAAGCAUCAUGAUUUUAAGGAUUCUGAUAGUCCAGCAGAAAACGGUGAAGGCCCUUCAAGAGCCGAGUGUGGCGGCGACCCAACACCAGCAGCACCAGCACCAGCACAGGCAUUGGCAUGGGGUAUCUGGGUUUCACCGCAGUACUCUCGCUAUUCUGGCAGCUAUGGCUCUUUUUCAGGUGGACUGGAUUGUUUAUUUAAUCCUACACCUUGUGUACAGUAACCCGUACAGUUUCCCAGCAUGGUCAGAAGUUGAGUUCCUCAUAACAGUAUUUUACACGGCAUUGAGCCCGUAUGUGUAUGGCUUGGGUAAUGACCUUUUCAAUAUAAAACGAUGCAUUAGCUAAACCUUUCUAAUAAGACCGUUUAAGAGGUAUGUUUAGUUUAAAAAAUAAUUGUGAAUUUCAUCUCUUAUAUAAAAACCAGAAUUAAAGAAGAUCAAAUCUAGACAUUCCUAUUAUGCCAAGCUGCACAUUGUGCUUAUUUUAGGGUUUUACAAACUCAACAUACUGUAACUUUUAGUUCAUGUCAAUUGAAGGUCAAAUCUUUUUUUUAUUAUUGCAAUAAUAGUAAAUUUACUUGUAUUGCUUCAGAACUGUUUACAGAGUCGAAGCAUGAUGCAAAACCACAAGAUGAAUACAUAGAUCAUUACAAGAGUCAUUGAGCAUGCUUUUCCUUGCAUCUUCUUUUAUUUGGAUGUUUCUAUCGCAGUUAACAGAUCAUCGAUCCACUAAACAAUUGAACAAAGAUUCAGUUUGAGGUCAGUCAGAAUCUGUUGAGUCAGGGUUUAGCAAAUAAUGUAUCUGAGGCAGUGUUUUUGUUGUCAAAUGCAUCGGGUCCUCUGUAAAAUAAUAAUGUAGUGUAAAAACAGAUCUCACUUGAGCUGUAUGAAUUGUCUGACUCUGUGAGAGCCUUUAUAUUAACAUGUAUCUGUCGGUGAUGUACAUGAUCUCCAGCAUGACAAAGGCUAGUAUGACUAUUCAAAUAAAUAAUGCAUCUUGUAGCUUUGUCCUGGUUAAAAAGUGGCACAAACAUCUCUUUCUCUGUUCCUACUUUAGUUAGUUUUAUACUAGUAUUUUUAUACAAAAUGUCAUCGUUCACUUGAACUCUACAACACCUCAAUAUUUUCUUAGUGUUUUUAAAACAUCUCAGAUAUGUAAAUGUUCUUCCUCCUAAUUGAUCUUUUAUUAUGUUCAUAUCAAAUUGUUAGAUUGUGUAUGAACUUGAAAACACUGUAAAGUAUAUAUGAACUGAUCAAAUAAAUAAAGACAAAAGAUUUACAUUAACAGACUGAACUCGUGCCUCUGAGAGGUCCUCUAAUUUGGCAAUGGGAAAUUUUUCAUCGUUUUUGUUGAUUUGUGAUCUUGGAAUAUUAUCAGACUCAAACAUAUAUGAUAUGAUCUGUGCAGAGAGAUUUGAUCAGCAUUUUAAAACCUGACACCUGACAGCUCGUGUGUCUUCAGAUAACACUCAGUCACGUUACACACAUAGCAAAUAUAAAACAUGAAGUAAAAAUGACGCAUUUUAUACCUGAUUCAAUGACAUUCUUACAAAGAUGUUCAAACUGACUGAGGAUCAUAUUUAAACUGUAAAUAGUGAUAUUAUGAUGCUGAUUGUUGUUGCUCGCCGAUUGGUUGAGCAGGUUGAGCAUGCGAGUGUGUGAUUGGUUCAGAUGAAGCAGGAAGUGAAAAGCAACGGACGCUGAAGGAACAAACACAUACGAUCUUCGACGCUUCUCUCGGAUUGUAAAUUUGCUGCAGGUACAUCACAUUUUAACAAGUAAAACACAUGAUUAUAUUGCUUCAGUCUUUCAGACCCUGAUGCUUCUAUGUUCCGCCUUUUUAAAGCUCGCACGCGUGUGGAUGUUCGGGCACGAGCGCAGGGCGAUUGAACUGCGUGGUGAAAACUAGAUAGCGUAAUGUUUGUGUGUUGUUGUUGAGAAUAGAGGUUAUUAUUUACUCUGCUGACGUCACGUCAUGAGCUAUAAACCUUUAAUGAUGAAUGACAGAAAAAUGCGACGAUCUGUCAAACUAAUGAGCGCGUGACGUGUGACUGACACGUGCUAUCAGAUGCGAGUUAUUUAUUAACGUUGACAUGAAUAUUUAAGUGUCUGCUGUUACUUUUAUAAUAAACGUUGACUUUUGUGCAGUUUACUUUAAUAUCCCUGCAGUGUAACAGAUUCAUAUGAUAAAAAAUAUAUUUGAUGUCUGAGAUAAUUGAGUUUGACUCUGUUGAUGUUUUAAGAUCUAGGAGGAUGAUUUCUAAAAGGGUGAAUACAGGUUAACUGGUUAAGCAUUAUGUUCGACUAGUAGUGGAUGACAUGGAUGUAUUUGGAUCAUAUUUAGAAAAAGCAGGAAUUACAGUAAAGAAGUCCGCUUAACUUCAUCUGUACAGGUACGAGCACUCCCAUGAUGCACUGCGACUGAUCUAAUCCACUCAAUCAAUCAAUAUAUAGUCACUCAAACUAUUUAUAGAUCUGUACAUUUUACAGUCUUCUGCAAUAAACUUCACAUGGAUUGUAAUUGAUAUUUACAAUGACUGAUUAUAAGUACACAGUUUAUCUUUGUCAAAAAUGUUUGUAAUGUUGUGGCUGAUCUCAGACCUGACUGAUUUAGAGAAAUCUUUAUUGAAGAAGAAGUUGAAAUUCCUGACAAGAGAAAACCAAAUCAAAUGUGUUGAAGAUGCAGACAGAUCCUCUCUAGAGUUUGUAAAGAUACAGAACAGAUAUGUGGAACUGUUGAGAUGAGAAACUGGACGUGAGCGCUAACACAGACGGGAGACGAUAGAGUCGCUUGUACUUCAUCAGACGGUUUGCAUCCU